ACUUGAAUUGGAUGCAGAGGGUUUGAGUCUGAAUUUUUAUAAUUAUCUUCUCCAAUUUCAAUGGCGGAAUCUGAAUGUUUGUGUCGACCACCCCAGAAGAAGCUUUUAUCGGACUCGGAUAUGGCUGCGGCGGCCGAGCAGCUCAUGCAACUAAGCGAUGAAGAUUGCAACAGCUGCGAGUACAAGAGCAAUGAUAAGGAAACAAAGAAGAAGAAGUUGGGUGAUGGAGAGUAUAUGCGAAGACAGAAUGAGAUUACUUGGGCGAAGAUUGAAGAGAUAUUUGGGAAGGAAGAAGAAGAGAUUUAUCGGCCGAAGAAGAAGAGAUAUCGAUCACUUGUAGGUAUUUAUAUGACCACGAAACCGAUGCCAUUGGAGAAGAAACGAAGGUCGAUGCAUUGAAGAAAUCUAAUAGAGCUUUAUAGGAAGUUUAGUUAACUAAUAAUUGAUUUAGAGAUUAAUGAAAUUACAACUAUUUGUGUGGAAUUUGUAGGAAAAUUGAGGACUCUUAUCUCUUUUGUCUGCAGGUUAUU